AGGGCCCCCCACGUGAUGCGACGGAAUUGCAGAUCCCUCCUGCACGCUACUCUCGGACGUCCCACCUCACCUGUGGGGAGAGGAGUAACCGAAAAUCAAUAGCGACACGCGAUUGAGAGCCACUGUGACGAAGAAUUCUGCAAAAAUAUCCUGGAGAAGUGAUUUGUGCUAUUUGUUAUUCACUAUAGAAUAUUCACCUGAAGUUGUAAUUAGUUGAAUUACGUAACUUUAAGAAAAAAAGGGCUAAAUACUUUUUGAAAAGUAGUAAUUAAUUAGAAAAAGAAAAAAAAAGUAUUUUUUCUCCUCAACACCAUAUAUUUAUAGCAAAAGACAACUAAAUUUCAACUCUUGAUUGAAUAAUCCACUGGAAAAAAUAUUUUUGCAUCUGCCAAUUGUUGAAUGUUUUCUGCAAAAAUUGGAAAUAAAAAAAAUAAUAACCAUAUGAAAAGCAAAACAGACUGAGAAAAAAAAAGUAAUUCAACUUCAAUGCAGAUUUAUCAACGCAUCUUCGAGAUAGUAAACGCAAAGGAACGAAGAAUGAAAAAAACAAGACGCUUGCAAAAGCAUGAAGUGGUUCCUGCAUUUGUUUAAGGGAAUUGCACGUCUGCAAUAAUUCCAUCACUUCUGGCGUUGAUAUGGCACCGCCUCUGCGCAGUCGAGCGAGGAGGCGAUCCACCGGGCUUCUCGUUCGAAGACCACGUGUUGCUAUAUAGCAUUGGAUCGGUAUUCGGAGUACUCUUUUUCAACAUGGGUAAGAUAGGGUUAUGGCGCGCACUUGUUUUUAGAGACGAACUACCAUGCCCAUGAGCUAAAACUCAAGCGGGACCAUUAUUUAUUUACAUACUUUUACUUUAGUUGAGAUCUUUAAACAAAAUUAAAUUAACACAAAUUUAAAAAAAAAAUUGACUUGAGGAAGACAAAUCUUAUUAAAUUUUCUACAGACAUUUUUGCUGGCAAUUAGAGGGAUCGUUUGGUUUUGUGUUUUCUGGUGUUUGAAAUGUAGGAGGAUUUGAUUUACUACCAUUUUUGGAUUGGAAAUAAUUUAAAACUUAUUUAUAUAUUCGUCGCUUUUACUCUUCAGAACUAUUUUAUACAGACCUUAAGAAAUGUAAAUAAGAAUUUGUUCUAAAACUUUGAAAAAGUAUUUUAAUUUUUCAACAGAGGAUACAUUUAAAAAGAAGCAUUUCAGCUGAUUUUUGUACAUAAUAAGGAACGUUUGAAGAAAAUAAAUUAGAAAAGACCAAAAAAAAAAAAAAACACUUUUUGUAUUUUUUCGGAUACUGUGCACAUUCUACAUUAUUGCUGAAGCAGCAAAAUCAGCUGCCCCUUUUGCCAUGUUCUGAAACGAGAUCGCCUGCCAAAUACCAAUGUCCUAUUCGAGGAUGAAGUUGCGCCAAAGAUUCGUGGCCAUCGCCUGUGGCAUCGUGUUGGUCUUUUUCGUGCUCUUGGUGAUUGAGACUGAGCUUCAUAUCAUGAACAGACUGCCCGGUGAUGAGUCUCACACGGGGGUACACGGGAGACAGUUCCUCCAGAGGAGGUUCCUCAACAGGGAGGAAAAUUCGAAGGUUUCCGGGGAGGCGAGUAACAACCACCAGCAACAGGUUGCUGCGGAUUCGAAGGCAGUGGAAAACGCCACGGACAUACUGCUCACCACCACCACCACGGAAAGUCCCAGAGACAAUUACAACGAUUUGUUUAGAUAUUCUAUCUUCAAUAAAGACUUUCGCCAGUUCAUGCGGUGGCCUCCGAAGUUCUCUCUGCAACCGGAGAACCCGAACCUGGGAGACAUACUCAAGAUAGCCUACAGUGCUCCAUUACCUCCUGGAGAUCGAACGGGUUGGCGUCAACACCUUCGCCAAGUCAAGCCCGGUGAUCUGAGGAGUGGAGGGCAUAGUGAUUGGUUCGACAGGGAUAAUAUGACGAACUGGGAAAAAUUCCACAUCGGCAUCAGCAGGCACUGGCUCUAUCCAGAAGAUGCAAAAAUCGUCGAGGCUAUGCUACAAGAUAUCGCCACGCAAAGAAUCACAUCAUUAGAGCAAUUGCCAGGUGGAACACAAAUAAAGUUUGUUGUGACCUUCGAGAACGGUGGACAAGCUCUCAUGAAGCCCAUGAGGUUCCCUCGAGACCAAGAAACACUACCAGAUCAUUUUUAUUUCACUGAUUUUGAGAGGCAUCACAGCGAAAUCGCAUCCUAUCAUUUAGACAGGUUGCUGGGUUACCGCCGCGCUCCUCCUGUUAUUGGCAGGACACUCAACAUUACAACUGAGAUCUACCCCUUUGCUGACGAAGAGUUCCUCAAAACCUUUUUCAUCUCUCCAGCGGGGAACUUGUGUUUUCAUGGUCAGUGUACGUACUACUGCGACACGGCGCACGCAGUGUGCGGGCAUCCAGACAUGGUGGAGGGAAGUUUCGCUGCCUGGUUGCCCCCGAAAGAAGUUCUUGACCGAAAGCCCGUUCGCAGCCCUUGGAGACGCUCAUACAAUAAACGCAGGAAAGCCUCUUGGGAGACGGACGACAACUACUGCUUGCAGGUAAAAAGGACGUCGCCAUAUGACCAGGGGAGGCGCAUAUACGAUCUCAUGGACCUGGCCAUCUUCGACUUCCUCACUGGUAAUAUGGACAGGCAUCACUAUGAAGUCAUGAACGUGUUCGGUAACGAAAGUGCCCCCAUUCAUUGGGAUCAUGGAAGAGGGUUCGGCAAGACCCUGCACGAUGAGCACAGUAUUCUACGCCCCCUUCUGCAAUGCUGUUACAUUCGACUAUCCACCUUCAACCGCCUGUUCACCUUCCACACUGGACCCGCGCGUCUGUCGGAUCUGAUGCGCGAGAGCAUGGCCAACGACCCCGUGGCCCCCGUCCUCACAGAAGCCCACUUACAGGCCCUGGAUCGAAGGGUCGGCAUAAUCCUGGAGGCAGUCAGGAAGUGCCUCAGGGUCAAUCGACCGGACCUUGUCUUCCUUGACGAUAUGUACUGAAUGAUCAAAGUUGACCUGUUGUGGAUUCAGACCUCCGGCGACUCCGACGAAAUACGUUGCUGCCAUCGCUGCUGCCUGAUGUAGUGUUGAGUUGAUGUGAUUUUCACACCAACAGUGACGAUUUUCAUGUACCAUCUUACGUCAUAGUGCAAUCAGCAAAUCACAACCGCCGCUCUAGCCUAGUUAAAUUCACGCAUUCACAAAGUUUUGAUUUUUAUUUUAAAAGACGGCAAUUAACAAAUAGUUGGCAGUUCGCGUGGGUUGUUUCAAAUCAAAUAGAACCAAUGAGUGUUAUGAAGAUUCAUUCUGCCUGAUGCUCAUACGCCUCAGAUUUGACUUCGCUAUCGUUUUUAACUCGGUCACGGGACUAACUUGACAUAUGACAGGUGAACUCUGUGCUAAUUUCGUCCACGUGACUGGAAGAAAACGGCAUCGAAAAAAACUUCGACAGUACGAGAAUCGCUGUGAUAGUCUGAAAAGAACAUUGACAUCGACAGAAAUUGGAUCCUUUUAACCCUUCGACAAUAGCGACGAAGGCCAAAACAUUUUUAGUGUUACGUGCACAAAAAGACGGUGACAUGGAUUUUGCCGUCCUCGCUGCCGGUGUGAAAACAACAUUAGUUCCCUUUUUUACACAUAUUGAGCACUCUGUUAAUUUAAAAAGAAUGGAUGAGAUAGGGCUUCCGGUAAACCUUUUCCCGAUAUCAAAAGACAAAUUUUAACAAAGGGUGUUUUUUGAACUAUUUCACUACAUAACGAAUAAAUACCUUUGUGCUGAAAAUUCAAAAAAUCAGUAAUCCAACGUCAGAAAGCACAAAUAUUGCAAAAUAUUGCAGACACGUGUUUCGGUGUUACAAGGAACACCUUUUUCAAUGCAAAGAAAUGUGAGCUUCUGGAUGAAAAGUCAUCCGAGAAAAGCUUUUCUCGGAUGACUUUUCAUCCAGAAGCUCACAUUUCUUUGCAUUGAAAAAGGUGUUCCUUGUAACACCGAAACACGUGUCUGCAAUAUUUUGCAAUAUUUGUGCUUUCUGACGUUGGAUUACUGAUUUUUUGAAUAUUUCACUACAGUUCAGAUUUUUCAUCUUCGUAUUGCUUACGACUGUGGGUUGUGUAAAAUCUUGGACUUGUGUCUAUCCGGUGCUUUUAUCAUGAAAAAAUAUAGAAUAAAUAGAAGAAAAUCUAAUAAUAAAAAGCAAAUGAUGCUGGAAAACGAAAUAUUUCAGAGUCACAAAUAUUUCCUGUCAGCGAAAGAAAAAGAACUGCCAAGUCACUCCUUUAUUGCACUUCUACACAUUGCUUGCAAUGACUUUAUUGAUAUGCUCAACUUUUUCUCUCUUCUGGGCUUGCUUAAAUAAAACGUUUUGCUUUUGAAAUUUUUUAUAUAAAAGAGUCAACAUAUCCAGCUUACUACACAGUUACAGGAAGUAUAUCUUCAAAUCAAUAGCAAGCCUUUGAGUAUUCAAUCAAUCUAAGGACAAUUCCGCGAUAACAGACAAAUCAAUCAAUUGCUGAACAAACACCCAACAAAGAUUUCAACUCCAAAUUUAUUAUAUGUUAAAAAUCCUUGUUUCAUUGCAUGAACUAAUAUGGACUCUUAUUUUAUUUAUAAUGCAAUUAAAUUUUGAAGAUUUGCAGAAAUAAUGUUUAUUUGUUUGUUUUUAUUUUUAUUUAUUUAUUUUUGUUUUUUUAUUUUUAUUUUAUUUUAUUUUAUUUUAUUUUAUUUUAUUUUUUUUUUUUUUUUUUUUUUUGCUCAGUGACUGCCGUUUCGCAUAAGAUACGUCCGUACAAAUAUAUUAGAUCCUUGUUUCAUAUGCAUGAAUUUCAUGAAGAAUAUGGACUCUUCUCUCAGAUCAUGUAAUAAAAUUUUGAAGAUUUUCUGGAACAAUAUUUGAAUAAUAUUUAAUAGAUCAGUAACGGUAGUAUCUCAUGAGAUACGUCCGUACAAAUAUGUAAGAUUCUUUUUUCAUUGCAAGAACUUUAUGGAAAAUAUAGUCUCUUUUUUAGAUAAUGUAAUAAAAUUUUGAAGAUUUACAGGAAAAACGUUUAAAUAAUAAUUUUGAAUCAAUAAUGGACGUACCUCCUAAGAUACGUCCGUUACGGAGCCAAAACAAAUUCAUUGACUACUGUUUCGGAAAAUCUUCAAAAUUUAAUUUCAUAAUUUAAAAGAAGAGUUCACGUUCCACAAUAAGUUCAUGCAAGAAAACAGGGAUCGAAUAUAUUUGGAGCUUUGUAGUGUGUUUUGUGCAGUUAUUGAUUCGGUCUGUUAACUAAAGGAAUUGUCCAUAAGUCUCAUGAUCAGAAGAAGGCAUGUUAUGUUGUGUUCAACUCAAUUUCGUAUCUACUACACAGUUUCUGGUUUUGUCAUCAAUAUUUUUAUUUUUGUAUAAGUGUACUUAUAAUCUAUUUCUUGCCUGUGUUUCGUAAAUUAUUUUUUCACAAAUGUCAGAGUCAAUGCUGUAUGCUAAGUAUUUUUGAAUGUGAUGCAACCUAGAAUAUUAUUGCAACUGCAAAUAUGGUGAACUUAAAUUGGAGGAACUACCGAGGGCACACUUCUUAACUUUUUUUUUUUUUUUACUUUCACUUUUGGCUGAUUUUUAUUGAAAUUCCAAACCACAGUUAGCUUUCUUCUGUCACGUCAAGUUAUGUUCUCUACUGCUUAUCCUCGUAGCAUUGCAUCCGUAAUUGGAGUAUUCUGCGAGACUGUUCGCGGCGAUUGAACCUUCCAGGGAAAGCAUAGUGCAAUUUGUAUCUUAACUGAUAUUACUUGUACACAAUUUGGUUUUGCAGCACUGCAUGAUUGAUAUAAUUGAAAUGAUUGUUAAUACAGCUCUCAAGCAAUUAUUUUAUACAUGGCAGACAAAUUAUUUAAGACAAAAUGCAAGGGGCCAAAACCUUUGAAAUUACUAAUUGACUUUAAAUCCGCAAACUCGCACUUUUUUGCGUUCAAAAAGGGUGAUUUGAUUUGAUAACACACAUUGAGGUCUUUAGCUGUUCCCAGUGGAGAAGCUUUAUACCUCCAACAAUCUACACCGUUAUUCCAAAUUUUAUACUCGGGACAAUACAAAUGAAAUAUUUACAGCACAUGUGAGAAUGGAAGAACACCCAAAGCUACACAAGCACUUUUUUCCUUGAAACUCCGAAACACAUGCCUGAAAUUUGUUGCCAACUUAUAAAUUUAUAGUAUUGUUUUUAUUUUACUGUUAAAUUUAUUCGCAACUCCAGAGCUCGAAUAUGCUACCUUGCGGUGAUUAACAAUACUAAAGGAAAAGGUAAAACAUUCCAUUCCACGUGUUUUCCUUGGGGUAAAUUACAGGCUUCAGACAGUUUAUGGUGUAAUGUAAUUUCAGAAGAAUAGAAAAGAAAGCUUCCUACAAACACGAUGAAAAAUUACUGUCAUUCACUAUGCGUCAAAGCAAGUUAUAAGUUUCGGCAUGUGUUUGUUUUACUUUUUUCAUCCGCCAUUAGACAGUGGCUGCAGCGCCCUCUAUAGUUUAUUCGAGUUGAGAAUUUCUCCCCUCCCUUUUUUUUCGCUGUAUAUUUAAAGUUUUUAUAUUUUUUUGGGGCACUCAAGGGGUUCAACGUAUCACAAAAAUUGACGAGAUAGAUAAAAUGGUAAUUAUAUUUAGACUGGCAGCCCAAAAGUUAGCAAAAAGCAAGCAUUAGAUCUAAGUCAACAACAAAAACUUUCCCCCAGUGCUACCAAUGCAUGCUGCGUCACUGAUUGAAACAACAUUCCUAUCUUUUAUGUGUUGUGAUGUAUGUCAAAUCGGAGCAUGUAUGCAUGGUGAUUUGAUUCUUGUGCCUCAAAUAAAGUUCAAUCUGUAAAUGCAAAAAUAUAUGGAUAAAGUACGAAAUUUAUUUUGCUUAAAACCAUGAGGAUGUGAAUAUUAUACCAAGAACAGAACAACUUUACCCUUUGUUUAAGAAGCACUGUAAAAAGUUAUAUAACUUUCUCUUUACCAAAGUUAACUUUUUUAAAUCAAAUGAGGUGAAAAAUUGUUAAUAUUUCCUGCUUAAAUAAAUGAUUACCAAAAUU